UUUUAUUUAUUUAUUACCUUUUCCUUGUACAAUUUAUUUCAGAUUGAAAAAGAUUCAGCAUGGUUGAGAAGUGAGGCAUCAAAGAAACUUUGUAAAGCUCUGGCUGCUCAAAAUGAUAUUGUAAUGUGUAGAAAAUAUAUUUUAAUAUUACCAGACAUUUCUGUUCAUAGAAAUCAUCCAGUUGGUAAUGAAGCAGGACUUAGUCAACCAUUAUCCAAGAGUAUCAUUAAUGAAAUUGCUGAACUUGUAAGAAAAGGUGUUAAUUCAGUUCCAGAUAUGAGGCGUCAUCUGGAUGCCUUUGUUCAGAUGAAAUUUGUUUCAAAUAACAUUCUAAAAACAAACAAACGUUUUUAUCCACGGGAUGAAACAAUUGCAAAUCAUAUAGAGAAGGCUAGAAAAAACUUUCAAAGAUCUUUGAUAGAUCAAGAAUGCUUGUUAGGUAAGAUAGAUGAAUGGAAAGUAUACUUUCCAGAAGCAUGUAUAUAUUUUCGACCUAAAGUGGAAAAAUCUGAUAACAGUUAUCCUGCUCUCAAAAAUUCUUUGUUAUUUGUGUAUCAAGAUGUAUGGCAAUAUACAUCAAUGAUGUUAGGGUUCACAUGGACCCUAACAUAGUUUGUCUUAAAAAAG